UUCUAAAAAGCUGCACAUAAAAUCUAACUAUUAAAAAGAUCUCUGAUGUUCCAAAUAUUGGGAAGGAAGAGUUAUAAGUAUUUUACUGCUUUUCAUAUUGUGCUUUUUCCAAAUGUUUUUCCCUCCACAGGCAAUGGAGCCCCAGAAUGUAUCCACUGUCACUGAGUUUCAGCUGCUAGGAUUCCAGAAUCUUCUUGAAUGGCAGAUGUUGCUCUUUGCUAUUUUCCUGAUCAUUUACUUCCUUACGAUCAUGGAGAAUGUUAUCAUCAUCACAGUGGUGAGCCAGGACCAGCAACUGUGCCUACCUAUGUACACAUUCCUCAAGCACCUCUCUUUUCUAGAGAUCUGCUAUACCUCAACCAUUGUACCACUUCUCCUAGCCAACUUACUUUCCUGGGGCCAAGUCAUCUCCUUCUCUGCUUAUAUGGCCCAGCUCUAUUUCUUUGUCUUCUUUGGGGCUACUGAGUGCUUUCUUCUGGCCAUGAUGGCCUAUGACUGAUAUCUGGCCAUCUGUAGCCCACUCCACUACUCCUUCUUGAUGAGUCCUGGGAUCUGUGCCAAGUUGGUGGCCAUCUGCUGGUUGACAGGGGUUGGCACAGACUUUCUGCCUUCCCUGAUGAUUUCCAAGUUGGAAUUCUGUGGACCCAACCAGAUCAAUCAUUUCUUCUGUGAUCUCCCUCCUCUUAUGCAGUUGUCAUGUUCCAGCAUUUAUACCACUGAGUUGGUAAUCUUCAUCCUGUCCAUUGCUGUGCUGUGCAUUUGUUUUCUUCUUACACUUGUGUCCUAUGUUUUCAUUGUGUCUUCCAUAUUGAGAAUUCCUUCCACCUCUGGCCGGAUGAAGACCUUUUCCACUUGUGGAUCCCAUCUGGCUGUUGUGACUAUCUACUAUGGGACCAUGAUCUCCAUGUAUGUCCGUCCCAAUGCCCACUUGUCACUGGAAAUCAACAAGAUUAUUUCUGUCUUCCACACUGUUGUCACCCCACUACUGAACCCUGUUAUCUACAGCUUGAGGAAUAAAGACUUCAAAGAGGCUGUUAAGAAAGUCAUGAGAAAAAAAUGUGGCAUAUAUGGAGUAAGAGUGAAAGGAAGUAUCUUUAUUAGAUAAUGAAAAGAUGCCCGGAAGACACAGUGGAUGAAGUACUGGGAUAAUGAGUGGCAGAUUCAGAACCUUCAAACCUGAAUCUCAUCUUCAGUACCACAUUAAUUUUCCAAAAGUCGUAAUGAAACAGCUUCCUGGUCAGAAAGAUUAAUUGCCUUUAUCCAAUCAUUUUGGGGGCAGUUGAGUCUUUAGACACAUACUUUCAUCUUUUGAAGGGAAUCUGAUUGUACAAUGCCAACGCUUCAGGAUUAUAUACACAUAACUACAGGAUUGUGUUCAUAUAGCCAUAUGUACGGAAAGUUGCAUAUCCUUUCAGUAGUUUUAGGAGACUAGCCUUGUAGACUCAACCCCUGGUGUCAUUGGUGCUCAUUAUAUGUUUGUAGAAUGAAUGAAUGAAGAAAAGAAGAAGCUAUCUGAAACAUGUGUUGACCUAAACUCUCUCCUGCUGACAAGAAAUAACAAAGAAGGAUUUUUGAUGUGCCAAACAUUUAUCUAUAGUAACUUAAACUUUUUAAUGUUUUGUUGUAUAGUAAUAAGCUACAAAGGAAGGAAGGAAAAUUCAAACUAUUAUAUGUUAUUUAUGACCCUGGGAGGCAAAGUAUGUACCUUAAAAAACUGAAAUAGCUUUUAUGUUUUCUUUAAUUCAGCCAGUACUUGCAAGACAUCUAUUAAUCCUGACCACUAUUUUAUUAAUUAAUUCCACAGAUAUUUUUAAUCCCCUGUUAUAUGCCAGGUCCUGUGCUACAGUCUAGGUUGCUCUGGGAUGCACUGAUAAAAAUAGCCCAAGGAAAGCUCCACCUUAAUGGAGCCUCUAGUCUAGAAAGGGGAGAAAUAUGUAAUGAACUAUGAAGUGAGUAAGUGACUUAUUUCUAUUUGAGAUCAUUGCUAUGAAGAAAUAAAUUGAAAGCUGGUGCAUGAACAUAGAACAGUAAGGUCUAAUUCAACAUGGAGGGUUAGACAAGAUCUCUGCGUUUAAGUAGUGCUUUAACUUACACUCCAAGGAUGAGGGGAAUAGAAUGGAAUGAGUGUCUUAGGCAGAGAUAUUGGCAUGAAUGUCAGGAGAGGAGACUGGGGAGCAAGGAGAAGGAGAUGAGAUGGGAGAGAAAGUCAGGAGCUAGUCCAUGUAGGUCCUUAAAUCUGUUAUGGAAUAAAUUGUGUCCCUCCAAAAUAAAUGUUGGCACCCUAACCCCUAUAUAUAAUCUUGUUUGGGAAUAGGGUAAUUUCUUAUGCUAUUGAGACCAUAUGUGGGGGAUAGGGUGUAUCUUAAAACUAAUCACUUUUGAGAUAUAAAAGGAUGAGAUUAGGCACAGAGAAGAGCAAGCACAAAUGGGGGAAAGAUAGAUGUCAUGUGAAGAUCACCAAGGAACCAAGGAAUGCCAAUGCUGGGGCUAAAGAAGGAUUUUUCCCCAGUUUCCUCUGAAACUGGUGUCCUGAAUUCAGACUUCUCGACUCCUGAAAUGUAAGAAAAUAAAUUUCUAUUCUUUAAAGCCACCCAUUUUUGGUAGUUCUGUUACACCACUGCUAAGAAACUAAGACAAAAGCCCUGUAGAAUUUUUGCAUUUUACACUAAAAAAAAUGAUUGUUGAACAAUACUGAUUAGGAAAUGACAUGACACAUUUUGCAUUUACAAAUUCCAUUGUUGAUAGAUUUUCCUGAAGGACACAGGAUGAUCACAGGGGCUUAUUAUGAGGAAGUCGUAAGAAAACUGAAAACUGCGGUGGUGAAAAUAAGACCAGGAAUGUUGCGCCGAGGAAUUUUUUUCCCAUCACGACAAUGCACCUGCUCAUUCUUCAAGGGUAGCAAGGGCUGUCUUAGGAGAAGUUUCACUGGGAAGCCUUACCUUAUCCACCCUAUAGCCCUGAUCUUGCCCUUUUGGACUUGUGUUUUUGUUCCCCAAACUCAAAGAUCAUUUAAAAGGAACACGAUUUGUUCUGUAAAUCGAAGAGCGCAGAAUUCUUCCGGGAAGGGUUAGAGAUGGAAACACUGCCUUCAGAAGUGUAUACCUAGAUGGAUGAUAUGUUGAGAAACAAUAGCUUCACAUGUUGAUAUUUUUGUUUAAUAAAACUUUCUAUGAUUUUGUAGCAAUACUUUUUGAGUUACCCUCAUAUUUUCCUCUCACCACGUCAGUGGGUUAUUUUAUACUUCUUCAAGUCCUCAAGUUUCCUCUUCCUCUUGGGCCUUGGUCUGUGAGGGCUAUUGUUGUUCCUUCUCUGAAACAUCUUGUUCAAAUGUU